AUGUCCUGGAUGUUCAAGAGAGAUCCUGUUUGGAAGUACUUGCAGACUGUCCAGUAUGGAGUCCAUGGAAAUUUUCCACGCCUCUCAUAUCCAACUUUCUUUCCUCGUUUUGAAUUUCAAGAUAUUAUUCCUCCAGAUGACUUCCUAACAAGUGAUGAAGAGUUAGAUUCAGUUUUAUUUGGAACUUUGAGAGGCCAUGUCGUUGGACUACGCUAUUACACAGGAGUAGUUAAUAAUAAUGAAAUGGUUGCAUUACAACGAGAGCCGAAUAACCCCUAUGAUAAGAAUGCAAUUAAAGUAAACAAUGUGAAUGGAAAUCAGGUUGGUCAUAUAAAGAAAGAUCUUGCAGCUGCCUUGGCCUAUAUCAUGGACAACAAAUUGGCACAAAUUGAAGGGAUAGUUCCUUUUGGUGCAAACAAUACUUUUACCAUGCCUCUGCAAAUGACAUUUUGGGGAAAAGAAGAAAAUAGAAAAGCAGUUUUAGAUGAGUUAAAGAAACGUGGAUUUAAAUUGGGACCUGCACCAAAAUCUUUAGGGUUCAGUUUGGAAAGUGGUUGGGGCACUGGAAGAGCUGGACCAAGCUACAGUAUGCCAGUUCAUGCUGCAGUACAGAUGACAACAGAACAGCUUAAGACUGAGUUUGACAAAUUGUUUGAAGAUUUAAAAGAAGAUGAUAAAACUCAGGAAAUGGAACCCGCUGAGGCUAUUGAAACACCAUUGCUUCCACAUCAAAAACAAGCUCUAGCUUGGAUGGUUUCACGGGAAAACAGUGAAGAACUUCCACCAUUUUGGGAACAGCGAAGUGACUUAUACUAUAACACAAUAACAAAUUUUUCUGAAAAGGACCGACCAGAAAAUGUUCAUGGAGGAAUUUUAGCUGAUGAUAUGGGUUUGGGCAAAACUCUGACAGCCAUUGCAGUGAUUCUUACCAACUUCCAUGAUGGCAAGUCUCUUCCUGUUGAAAGAAUUAAGAAAAAUCAACUGAAGAAGGAAUGUAAUGUUUAUGAUGAAUCUAUGGAACUUGGAGGAAACAAUACCAGUGAAAAGGCAGCUGGACUAAUCAAAGGAUCUAGAUGUAGUGGAGAACCCAGUAUUUCAGAUGUCAAGGGAAAGAAUAAAUAUCCCAAAUCAGAAUUCUCUAGCUCCCGCCCCAAAAGGAGAAAACCUGCUGCUGUACAGUACACUGAAAGUAGUGAUUCAGAGGAAGUUGAACCAAGUGAAUUGCCACAGAAGAUGAAAGGCAAACUGAAAAGAACACAAUCAGAGACUAAAAUCAGAGUAAAAGCAGGAUCUUCUAAGGUUCAAGAGGAUGCAGAGUUUGAAUGUGCACUUACUUCAUCUACCCCUGCAGCAAAAAAGAAAAUGUUGAAAACGGGAGCAUCUGCAGUGGAGAGUUCAAAGAAAACUGAUGUUGAAGAUAAACCAAGAACAACACUGAUCAUCUGUCCACUUUCUGUGUUAAGCAACUGGAUGGACCAGUUUGGACAACAUAUAAAAUCAGAUGUGCACUUGAAUUUUUAUGUUUAUUAUGGUCCUGAUCGUGUUAGAGACCCAACCUUGCUUUCAAAACAGGAUAUUGUUUUGACUACAUACAAUAUUUUAACUCAUGACUAUGGUACUAAGGGUGAUAGUCCAUUACAUAGCAUAAGGUGGCUAAGAGUGAUCCUGGAUGAAGGACAUGCCAUACGAAAUCCAAAUGCUCAGCAAACAAAAGCUGUACUUGAUUUAGAAGCAGAAAGAAGAUGGGUUUUGACAGGCACUCCAAUUCAGAAUUCUUUAAAGGACUUGUGGUCUCUUCUUUCCUUUUUAAAACUUAAACCAUUUGUUGAUAGAGAAUGGUGGCAUAGAACAAUACAGCGUCCUGUCACAAUGGGAGAUGAAGCUGGACUUAGGCGUUUGCAGUCCCUAAUUAAAAAUAUUACACUUAGAAGAACAAAGACAAGCAAAAUUAAAGGAAAACCUGUUUUGGAGUUACCAGAACGUAAAGUAUUUAUUCAGCACAUUACACUUUCAGAUGAAGAGAGAAAGAUUUACCAGUCCGUGAAAAAUGAAGGCAAAGCUACUAUUGGAAGGUAUUUUAAUGAAGGCACUGUCCUUGCACACUAUGCAGAUGUCCUGGGUCUUUUGCUUAGAUUGCGGCAGAUUUGUUGUCAUACACACCUUCUUGCAAAUGCAGUGUCUUCCAGUGGUCCCUCAGGGAAUGAUACACCUGAAGAACUACGGAAGAAGUUAAUAAAGAAGAUGAAGUUAAUUCUGAGCUCAGGUUCUGAUGAAGAGUGUGCAAUUUGCUUGGACUCUUUAAUGGCUCCUGUCAUAACACAUUGUGCACAUGUCUUCUGUAAACCUUGUAUUUGUCAGGUCAUUCAGAAUGAGCAGCCUCAUGCUAAGUGCCCUUUGUGCAGAAAUGAUAUACAUGGAGACAGUUUAAUAGAAUGUCCUCCAGAAGAAUUGGCAUGCAACACUGAGAAAAAGUCUAAUAUGGAAUGGACAUCCAGUUCGAAGAUUAAUGCUCUAAUGCAUGCAUUGAUUGAUUUAAGAAAGAAGAACCCCAACAUAAAAAGUUUAGUUGUUUCUCAGUUUACAACAUUUCUGUCUUUAAUAGAAACUCCCCUCAGAGCCUCUGGAUUUGUAUUUACUCGUUUGGAUGGUUCCAUGGCCCAAAAAAAAAGAGUUGAAUCAAUUCAGUGUUUUCAAAACACUGAAGCAGGGUCUCCAACUAUAAUGCUUCUAUCCUUAAAAGCAGGUGGAGUUGGUUUGAAUCUUUCUGCAGCUUCUCGAGUUUUUUUAAUGGAUCCAGCCUGGAAUCCAGCUGCUGAAGAUCAGUGCUUUGACAGAUGCCAUAGACUUGGCCAGAAGCAAGAAGUUAUUAUCACAAAAUUCAUUGUGAAGGAUUCUGUUGAAGAAAACAUGCUGAAAAUACAAAACACAAAGAGAGAACUUGCAGCUGGAGCCUUUGGAACUAAGAAAACAAAUGCGAGUGAAAUGAAACAAGCUAAAAUCAACGAAAUCAGAACUUUAAUUGAUUUAUAA